ACAAAUACAAACGUUAAUUUACUGGAUAGCAGUGCUUACGAUGAAAUUAAUUUUGAUAUUGGCUAUUUUCUUCGUCACAGUGUUUUGUGAGGACUGUCACCAUGACGACGACUGUCAUCUGGUUCACUGCUCAACAGGCUCAGUCAACUGUAUCCAUCGAAUCUGUACCUGCACCGAAAACACCGGUCAAAUGUGUACCGGACUAGAUGACUGCAGUUUUCACUGUUUCCACGGUCGCCCUCACUGUGUUGAUGGCGUCUGUCACUGCUAUGGAGACUAGGACAUUGUCUUUUUGACCCCAUUUAAUCAUUUUCAAGGAUAAAAUCUGACAAGCAAAGCA